AUGCUUUUCUCCCCUACUACUACUACUACUACUACUACUACUACUACUACUACUACUACUACUACUACUACUACUACUACUACUACUACUACUACUACUACUACUACUACUACUACUACUACUACUACUACUACUACUACUACUACUACUACUACUACUACUACUACUACUACUACUACUACUACUACUACUACUACUACUACUACUACUACUACUACUACUACUACUACUACUACUACUACUACUACUACUACUACUACUACUACUACUACUACUACUACUACUACUACUACUACUACUACUACUACUACUACUACUACUACUACUACUACUACUACUACUACUACUACUACUACUACUACUACUACUACUACUACUACUACUACUACUACUACUACUACUACUACUACUACUACUACUACUACUACUACUACUACUACUACUACUACUACUACUACUACUACUACUACUACUACUACUACUACUACUACUACUACUACUACUACUACUACUACUACUACUACUACUACUACUACUACUACUACUACUACUACUACUACUACUACUACUACUACUACUACUACUACUACUACUACUACUACUACUACUACUACUACUACUACUACUACUACUACUACUACUACUACUACUACUACUACUACUACUACUACUACUACUACUACUACUACUACUACUACUACUACUACUACUACUACUACUACUACUACUACUACUACUACUACUACUACUACUACUACUACUACUACUACUACUACUACUACUACUACUACUACUACUACUACUACUACUACUACUACUACUACUACUACUACUACUACUACUACUACUACUACUACUACUACUACUACUACUACUACUACUACUACUACUACUACUACUACUACUACUACUACUACUACUACUACUACUACUACUACUACUACUACUACUACUACUACUACUACUACUACUACUACUACUACUACUACUACUACUACUACUACUACUACUACUACUACUACUACUACUACUACUACUACUACUACUACUACUACUACUACUACUACUACUACCAUUAAUGUGGUGUAUGCUACUUGUGUCUGCCGAUAUAAGUAG